AUGGAACUGCUGGAGAACCUCAAGUCCCUGGAGUUUGAUCAUGGGAUUUCAGAGGAAGACCGCAGCUUUCUGUGUCUGCGGUACCGCAGCCGGGGCCUGAUGAUCAGCGGCUGCGCCCAUGCCGUCUUCUUCUGCAAGCUCCUCUGCAAUCUGAGAGAAACGCUGUAUGAGAUGCAUGUUUCCAGGACUCUCUCCUCUGACAAGCUGGCAAACUCUGGGUCAGGAGAGAACAAGGGGCUGAAGGUGGGCAUCAUCGGAGGCGGCUCCCUGGGCAAGCAGCUGGCGCACGUGCUGCUUCAGCUGGUGCCCCUCUCUGCCGAGAGCCUGCGGAUCUCCACUCGCCGGCCAGAGUCCCUGGAUGAGCUCCAAAAACUGGGUGUCCAGUGCUUUUAUCAGAACUCGAACCUGGUGCACUGGGCCAACCUGAUCUUCAUUUGCUGCCUGCCGUCACAGCUGCCUAACAUCUGCGUGGAGAUCACCAACAGCCUGGAGAAAGCCUGCAUCAUCUACAGCUUUGUAGCAACUGUUCCUGUCACCAGGCUGAAACUUUUACUUAACCACACCAAUGUCUUGCGGCCUCAAUAUCAUUGUUUCCCAGAAGUGACUGAUUUCUGGGGAUCCAAUAAGGACAUCUCUACUGCUCUCCAAGACCCCGUGAUGCUUCAAGCCACCUGCCCCUACUGUUCUGCUGGGGGAAUAACACUCAACCCCAAAUGGCUGGAGGGUGUGAUCUACGCACUCAUCAACAGCUGCUUCGGGGAGAACCUCUUCUACCGCCAAGUGCUGCUGCUGCUCAAUAAAGUGUUCCUAUCCAUGCAUGGCAAGGCCUGUGGGCAAGACCAGAAAACCUGCCCCACGUUCCAGCUUCAGGACCUCGUCAGCAAGGUCUAUGCCGAGAACAUGUCUCAGAAGAGCUCUUUCCCUAUGUUUGAUCUGACUGCAGUACAGCUCAAGGAGACACCCCUGACCCAAGCUCUCUCUGCCAACGAAGUUCUCCGGGACCAUCUGAACUAUACCUAUUGCCACUUAUUCGGCAUCUCCCUAAGCAGAGCACACCAGCCAGUGGAGUCCAAGGGUGCUCCAUGCCCGUAAGAGAAGAGACUACGGGAAUUAGGACUGUUUCUUCUCCAUUAAU